AUGUCCAUCGGGCAUCCAGAAUGGCAAGCCCAAAUCCGGCAACGUCUAGUCGACAACCAAGCCCACGCCGAAGGGUACCGCGAGAUCAUCCAGCAGUAUGGAAAGCUUGCCAAGUCUGCAAGAGAUCUCAAGACGCGGAAUAAGACGCUUAUGAAGACUGGAGGUGGUGGUGGUGGCGAAGCGGACGGCUCGAAUCCAUUGUUAAAGUACCUGGACCAAGAACUUACAUCGCUCCGGUCUGAAAUAUCAGAGCUGUACCGGUCGCAGGCUGCCACCCAGAACAAGCAGUUGGCCUCGGCGGAGCUUUUGCGGGAACGAGAUGAAGAGGUCAUGAACCUGCGAGAUGAGAUGCGGAAUCUGCGAGAUGCAAGGGACCGGUUAGAACGGAAAGAUCAAGAGUGGGAGCAGCGAUGGAAGGCCCGAGAGGUUGAUAUGGUGACCCUAUCUGACGAAGUCAUGUCCCUCAACCUCGAAAUCUCUGGCAUAUCCAAGCGCGAGAAAGCACUCAUGGCCGAUAACGCCAACCUCCUCCAGCGCUGGAUCGACAAGAUGAACUCGCAAGCCGACAUGAUGAAUGAAGACUUUGAGCGGGAAAAGGGCGGGCUUGCUUUUGCAGAGUUGAAAGGUGAUGGGGAGGAGGGAGAUGCGUUCGAGUUUGUGAGCGCUGCGGGGAGUGAGACGGGGGAUGAUGAGACGACGCCUAGAAAGGAAAAGCCAAAGCCUAGGACUUCACGCCCGACUUCCGCGACUUCUACUACUUCUUCUCGGGCGCCACCGCCCAACGCAAAGGUUCCUGCUGCGCCAGCUGCCAAACCAACUACCACCCGCACAUCCCUCGCGCCUACUGCUCCUCGCACUGCCCCACGAACAUCCUCCACCUCCAAACCUCCCCUACCCCCCGUACCCGCCGAGAAACAAUCAAUCAAACGUUCUCUCACCCCUCGUUCCUCCCGCCCUUCCCUCGCGCCAUCUCCAACCCCGAGUACCGCUAGUACGGCUACCACCGCCACCCAGCGCACGGUGCGCAAACCGUCCGGAGUGUCGGAAGUGCAGAAGAAAGAGGUGACGCCAAAGUCUACGCCAGACAAAGACAGUCCCCGCGCGCGCGUCACUUCGCAGACAUCCCAAGUCGCCCGCCGGUCUCCGUCUUCCCAUUCUCUCGGCGGUAAAUCCGUCCGGGACAAGAUUAAAGCUAUGGAAGGUAGUGGGACAUUGAAGCAGCCUUUGCCGUCACCUCCCAAGACGGGGUCUACCAGCCCGAGUAAGGGGAAGGAGAGGCAGGAGGUGCUCAGGGAUUCGCCCAAGAAGGGCGAGGGUUUUCAGUAG